GCUAGGCACAAAGGAAAGGGAAACGGCUCCGACCGCGAAAAUCAAACAUCACACCAGCAUGUGGGUCGUGACAGAGGAGACGAACAUAUAUAUACCGUGCAGAUAGCUAGCUAGCUCUCUCAAUAGAUCGGCAUUCACGGCAAAGAGUUAAACUAAGAGUGCGGCCGGGUCGGAGGAGGGAGAUCAUGAUAGGAUGGGGCGACGUGUACAAGGUGGUGGCCGCCAUGGCGCCGCUCUACUUCGCGCUGGCGCUGGGCUACUGCUCGGUGCGUCGGUGGAAGCUCUUCACCCCCGACCAGUGCGACGCCGUGAACCGCCUGGUGGCCUACUUCGCCGUGCCCUUCUUCGCCUUCGACUUCUCCGCCCGCAUCAACCCCUACGCGCUCAACUACCGCGUCCUCGCCGCCGACGCGCUCUCGAAGCUCGCCGUCGCGCUCGCCCUCGCCGCCUGGGCCGCCGCCGUCAAGGCCAAGCAGCGCGGCGCCGGCGGAGAUAAGCUGCUGGCGGCGUCUUCGGGGUGGUGCAUCACGGGGUUCUCGCUGGCGACGCUGAACAACACGCUGGUGGUCGGGGUGCCGCUGCUGGACGCCAUGUACGGGCCCUGGGCGCGCGACCUCGUCGUGCAGCUCUCCGUGGUGCAGAUCAUCGUCUACUUCCCGCUGCUGCUGCUGGCCUUCGAGGCCAGGCGGGCUUGCGCUGGCGGCGCCGGGAAUAAGCCGGCCGCUCCGCCGGCGAGCGAUGAUGACGUGGAAGGGGCUGCAGGGAGGAUCGAGCCCGUCGACUAUCAGUCGGCGUGGGCGUUGGUGAGAGCGGUCGGGCUCAAGGUGGCGCGGAAUCCCAACGUGUACGCGGGCGUCCUCGGCGUCGCCUGGUCUUGUGUCACCAACAGGUGGCAUAUCGAGACGCCAAGCAUCAUCGAGGGCUCCGUGCUCAUCAUGUCCAGGACCGGGGUCGGGCUCGCCAUGUUCAGCAUGGGCCUGUUCAUGGCGCUCCAGGAGAGGAUCGUGGCGUGCGGGGCCGGCCCGACGGCGCUGGGCAUGGCGCUGAGGUUCGUCGCCGGCCCGGCGGCCACCGCCGCCGGAGCCGUCGCCCUCGGGCUCCGCGGCGACGUCCUUCGUCUCGCCAUCAUACAGGCCGCGCUUCCUCAAUCCAUUACCACGUUCGUGUUUGCCAGGGAGUAUGGCCUGCACGCCGAUGUACUAAGCACCGCGGUUAUAUUUGGGACACUGGUGUCGCUCCCCGUGCUAAUCGUGUACUAUAUUGCUCUAGCCUUCGUUGGAUGAUCAUUAUGCGUGCACAGUGGCGGAGAGAUUGCAUUGCAUCUCAACACAGAACACCUUCAUCCAUCGGAGGGGUGAACAGACGAUCUGCAUGGAGCAACGCACACUGAGUGGCUGAAGAUCGCCGCACUGCUACUUGAUUUCCGUCAUCUCCGCCCAAACAAGUACGGAGUACUAGUAACUGUGGUAUUGGUAACACUUUAUCCAUUCCAUAAUAUAAGACAGAUUAGCUUUCGUUAAAGACGAGAAUUUAAGCAAACAAUACUCUAUUAGUCUGACUUUAGUAGAAGAGCAGGGGAUUGAACCAAGUAAAUACGUACAUAUAUGAUUCCUGAAUCCCGAUCGUUGCCGGGUAAUCGAACCACUUUUACCUGUAAGAAAACCUGAAGAAAGCAGUACUCCCUCCGUUUCUAAAUUGUUGUCGUUGUUUUAGUGCAAACAUGAACUAAAACUACGACAAGAAUUUAGAACAGGGCAAGUAGAAGAGCAGGAACGGAGCAAUGGCAACGAUCCUUCCGAAGGUGGAUGCCAUAGCCAACUGUGGAUGCAGAGGACCGUAGCUUCCAGGAUGCACGACACUGACACGCGCAUGUCAGCUCGCGUUCUUGGGAUCUCGAUCAUAUCGUACGCAUCAGGUGCGCGAGGUGUCGCACAGUGGCACACGCAUGGAUCGGUCGAUACCAUCGAGGACGAUUGGUGCCCAUAGAUUCACAUAGCACAUUCUAGAUGCGUGCGCAAUGCCUGGCGCCUAGCACGCCGCGUUUUCAUUUCCUCCGGAAAAAGAACCUUGUGGCAAUUGGUCUCUACUGCUGCCGAGACCGGCCAUCGAUCAUCCUGUCUCCUUGUGCUCUCAUGAUGCCAUCAACUUGUGACUUGUUUCUCCAUGGGUCGAUAUAUGUAUCUAUUUAUUUCCUUGUG